GUGGUCAGAUGUGGUCUCAGUCGGGGUCCAGAAUUAUUCCUGGGAUGGAAAGCCAGGGAAGAACUUCAUCUGCUGGAGGUGUCGGAGAAGCCAGAAUGGGGCUUGGACCUCAGAAAGAAGUCUGGUGUCUCACUCAGGGGAGAUCUCAAAAUGCCAACCAGCUUUGGUUCUCUGACACAGUGUCUCCACAUUUUCAAUUUAAUGUCCCUCUACACUGUGAAGCUGGAAGGAAGAUUUCCAUAUUACAGAUACUAUGACAGACCGUCCCGGCUGGUCAAGUGUAUAGUCCAGGAUGGAGUGUCACCGUUGCUGGAACUCUCCAUACACGUCUGGACUCCUCUUACUGAUCUGUAUCAUUCUGCUUUGUGUCUCAUUAUGGCUGGCAACGAGGGUAAUAUGACCCACAGACUGCAGGAGAUGGACAGGAAACUCAAAUGCGUGACUGAAAGGACUCAGGACAAUGUUCCCCUCCAGGCAGAAAUACAUAAUUGUCCCGAAAACUGGACCAUAAAGGAUAAAAUGUGUUACUACUUCUCAGAGCGAGAGGAAUCCAGAGACCAGAGUGACAAGUUCUGCAUGUCGUAUGAGGCCCGGCUGGCUACAGUCAGAUCUUCACAGACUGGACUACUGACCUUGGUGAAGAAUUUGGGGAAAGAUUUCUGGAUUGGACUGAAGAAGGAACAUCGGGAUACCUAUGAGGAGGCUCUCUGGUACUGGAGUGAUAAUAACACUGAACUCCAAGUCAAAAAAGACGCCGAGGGCAUGACCUGCGCCAAACUAGCUGAAGAAGUGACUGCAGAACCUUGUACUUCGAAACUCCGCUGGAUCUGUGAGAAGGAAGCUGAGACACAUUUCUACAAAACCAUCUCAGACUGUCUGCAGUUGGUGUGA